CCUUCACUAGACGAACCCAGGUCACAUGGCCUUGCCACCUUGUUUGAAAAGAAGUACAAAAGCGACCUACAAUCUCUUUCCCUCGCUUUUAAAGAGAGAGAGCCACUUAGAGGGUUGGAGGACAACGAUGAGCUUCAAAGUUCUAAACACGACCUGGAUCUCUUUGAAACUGACAAAAAAGGUAUUAAUGAAGAGAAUGAAAUUGGAGGAUAUGCAGGUUCUCCCUUCACUGGGUCAAGAAAAAAUACUAUCGAGGAGAUCAAACCAAAGAUAAACGUCCAAGACAAUGACUUUCAUGAAUCAUAUCCUGCAAAACCAAUGUUGCUCAAUGCACGAGGUUUUGGAGAUCGAGAAAAUCAUAUCCAUGAGGACAUCACAAAAACGACUUUGCAUGACAUUCUUUCUCAGACUGAGGAAAUGAAAUACCCAUCUUUAGACAAGCAUUAUGCGGAAUCAAGUAGAGCAUCUGAUACGAUCAACGGCAAAAGUGGAAAUGGAAAGAGAUCUAAGGGUAGAAGACAGAAAAGAGCAACGAUUGAAGAAGACAAAGACAGCUUGAAAACAUCUAAAAGAGCUGAUGCUCAAGAAUCAGGCAAUGGUUUUGAAGCUAGUGGGCAGUUUGAUAAACAAAACGAAACUAGUUCUGAAAAACUUAAAAAUAUCAACGACAGCUGGAAAGUACAGGAAAUUGAAGCAAAGGGUGAGCCAGAAUUACCAGAAAAUGACCCUUUAAAAAUAUUUCUUGGAACAUCAGGAAGCGGUGAUGGCCAGUCCUCUGGUAGUGGGAUGGCGCUAUUCAAAGCUCCGGAACAGCAGUUGCCUCCUGCAGAUGAAGGCAGUAAUAUAGGGAUUUUGGGAAGUGGUGACAGUAGCGAAGGACCCGCUCUAAUGCGGAAGAAUCCAAGACAAAAUCCCUUAAAAACCACAGAACAGACAGUUCAAGGGGAAGAUAAGAGUGGGGUCAAGUUGAUUCCCAUUGACCCUCUACUACUCCUACAGGUGAGGAAAAUAAGAAUGAAUGUUCUGAAAGCUGAGAAACAAGCAACAAAAGAACUAAACGACGUCAGAAAGGAUUUUCGAUGGAAGAUGGAGGACCUGGAAGAGGAUUUGAGGAUGGUUAAAAAAUUGACUCAAAAUGUUCACAAGAAAGUUGGAGUGACCGUAACUGAUGCGCUAGCCAUGGCAAGACAAGCCAAGACUAACGCAACUACCAGACUCUACAUGGCAAGAAGUAAGUAGAUCCUGCUAUAGCGAGACCAGGAGCCCCACCCACUUUCAUUCCACGGCUUUUAUUUACGGGUAUAUAAACGCACUGUGAAACUUGUGAAAAUUGCAGUUAGGUCUAUCCAACUCUUAUCUGUUAGCUAUUAUUGUCUAAUACCGGUAUUGAGUGUUUUCAACCCUUUAAAAGAUACGGGAAACUUUCAAACGUGAACGAAACAGUUUUCAACGGCCUUAACACAAUACGUUUUCAUAGACCACCCUUUAGACCAUGGCAAACCGUCAUUCCCUCUUCCAACCGAAUCAAAACAAACUUCUUCAACUCAGGUUAACUUGUUCCUUUCCUUAGGAGCUGCGACUGCCCUGAAUAACAUUGAGAAAAAACUUGGAGCUGUUCACACUCGCAAUGCUUCCAAAAUACUUCGAUCACGGAUCCCCCAUUUUCCAAAACUUAGGGAUGUGGCUCUCUACAAGCAACUGUUGGCCACAAAUUCAAUACUCACAAAACUCGACGGAGCCAAAGAGUUGGCAGUUUACCGAGCAGAGAAGCGUUUUCGUAAUGAAGAGGAGACAGGCAGUUCAAUUGCAGAGGAAGUGGAUUCGUUAAAGGAUGAAUUGGCCUCGGCGGAGAGGGAACUGAAAGACGAGACCGAGGCAGAGAUGGAAGAUGAACGGGAAGCUCAACUAAAGUUAGAAGAAGCAAUGCAGAGGAAUAAACUCGUCGCUAAGAAGACUUCAUUUGCUUUGGAAGCUAUCGAGAAAUACCUCCAAAAACUUCAGUCAGACGAAAGAAAGCUCAAGAAGUUUAGAUUCUACUAA